UAAAUCAUAAUACCAUUUAUUUUGUUGUGGUAUUUAUUUUCUAAGCUUAAUCCACGCAACAUAUACAGACCCUAGAUUUGAAACCAAACCAACAAGCUACUUUACAUAUAAUUAAACAAAUAGCAUGCAUUCGAUUGAACUUGAAAGCUUUAACCAAAACCAUAUUUCCAUUUAGGCUUAGCUAUAGCUUAUACCAUAAUGGCUGUUUGGGCGAACAUGUUACCUCAUUGUAUGGCAUUUUUUCUUCUUUUACUUUUCUUCUUCAUGUGUAGAUCAGGAGCAAAGGUUGUCACAAUUGAUGUGCGAGCAGCCAAGAAUCUCAUCCAAACCAAUCACAUUUAUCUUGAUGUUAGGACGGUGGAAGAAUUUGCGAAAGGGCAUGUAGAUGCAGCUAAGAUCAUUAAUAUUCCAUACAUGAUGGAUACACCCAAGGGCAGGGUGAAGAAUCCAGAUUUUCUAAAGGAGGUUUCAUCUAUUUGCAAUAAAGAAGAUCAGCUUGUUGUGGGUUGCCAAAGUGGGGUUAGAUCUUUGUAUGCAACUUCUGAUCUUCUAUCUGAUGGUUUUAAGAAUGUGAAGGACAUGGGAGGAGGUUAUGUGGACUGGGUUAGAAACAAGUUUCCAAUUAAUACUUCAGUGGCCAAAGAAGAACUAUAAUAUGUUCUUAUUGAUAUGAUAAUCCAUCUGUUAUUUCUAAAAAAUUUCAUCAUUGAGAUUGAGAUACCACAUUGUAAUUAUGUAACACCUUUUAAGAGAAUAACUUGGGGAAGUCUUUGUUUUUA